AUACAAACUUUAGAGGCACAAAUCUGACGAAAGAAACAUCAAACUAAGCCGCACUUGUUAAUCCUGGCUUCGCUCACUUGCAAAAAGAGGCUGCUUUUCCAAAUCGAGCGCAUUUGUUUACGAAUUUUCAAGAUUGGUGCUCUUGAAAACGCGAUUAGAGAACCAAGUCGGCCAUUGUGGCAGCCAUGUUUGUGUUCUUUGAAGUUUCUCCUUAAGCCACCUUAGAAAUUACAGUUCAGUAUUUACAGUAUUGUUCCGAUUUUAUCACGCCCCUUUUCAAAACUGCUUUUAAAUAUUCUAUAAAAUCUAUCCGCAUUAUAAAUAUUUUUAACGUCGUAAAACGCGCCUUCAACAUUCAUCUUGAAGAAGAGGGGAAGCACUUGCUCUCAAAUAUAACAGCAAAAUAAUGAAAAAUGAAGAACUGACACGCGGAGGGCGUGAUAAAAUCGGAACAAUACUGUAUUUUAUGCAAAAUCAAUAAGUACACCGGACGACUGAACAAUACCAAAAAUUUCCAUUAGUUUCAUCCCACAAUUCAUCUAAACUCUAAGCAAUUAUUUUUAAACUUUUUUGCUGAAAGUUUAUCAAAAAAGAAAUUGGAAAUUCUAUAAGAGAAUCUUUCAGAACUUUUAUUUCCAGAUUUUUACCCUUCUUACACCCAUAAGAAGGGUAUAAAUAUCGCUCGAAAAACCGACUUUCGAUCCGAGGCCCGGAGGGCGGAGUCUCAUAUACCAAUGAACUCAGCUCGACCAACUGAGCAAAUGUCUGUAUGUGUGUGUGUAUGUGUGUAUGUGUGUGUGUGUGUGUAUGUGCGUUACAAAAAAAAAGUCACGCACGUUUCUCAGCCAUCUGUCAACCGAUUUGAGUUCUCUUGGAAGCAAAUGAAAGCAACUACAUCCUAGUAGAACGCUAUUGAAUUUUUUUUCGAUUGGACGUUUGGUUACCGAGAUAUCUCUCGAAGAGUACUUGUGAGUCAUACAUCUAGACUUUUUAAUAUUUUUUACCAAAUGUAUCAUAAUAAAUAUUUCGGCCGUUAGUCAACCGAUUUGGGUUCUGUUGGCAUAAAAUGAAAGCUACAGCAUCCUAGUAGAUCGCCCAGAAAUUUUAUUUCGAUUGGACAUUUGGUUACAGAGAUAUCUUUCGAAGAGUACUUAGGAUUUAUACAACUAAACCUUUUGAGAUUUUUUACCAAGUGUAUCAUAAUAAAUAUCUUAGCCGUCUGUCAACCGAUUUCGGUUCUCCUUUCACCAAAUGAAAGCUACAACAUUCUAGUAGAACCCUAUACAAUUUCAUUAGGAUUGGACAUUUGGUUACCGAGAUAUCUUUCAAAGAGUACUUGGGAGUAAUACAGGUUAACUUUUUGGGAGAUUUUUGACCAAGGGUACCAUAAUAAAUAUCUCAGCCGUCUGUCAACCGAUUUGGGUUCUCUAAGCACCAAAUGAAAGCUACAAUAUCCUUGUAAAAGGCCCUCAAAUUUUAUUUCGAUUUGACAUUUGAUUACUGAGAUAUCUUACGAAAAAUAUUUCAAUAAAUUCUUUUUUUUUUUUUUAAUAAUUUGAAUAAUUCUUUUUUUUUUAAAUAAUGCUGACCUCAUACAAAGUGUAUUAGCAGGUUAUUGUUUUCAACAAAAUUAUAAAUAACAAAUUACAAAUACACAGGCAUUCUAUGAAAACUAACAAUAUGUUAAAUGAAAGCUUUGAAUUUAUAUAUUGUGGGAAAAAUGCAAGAAUCGGACAGCCAAAAUAAUUAGCUAAUGCCAAAACUGAUUAAUUUAGUAGAUAUAUAAUUUUUGUCUUUUCUACACCAUGACCAUGAAUACCAAGUACUUCGGAGCUAAUUUAAUCGACUGAUUAAGAGAUAUUAGACAAAGUGUAUCUCGCUGAUUUUCUUACCCAUUUGUUAAUCGAUUCAAGAUCUUUUGGCAGUUAACAAAAGAUACAAUAUUCCAGAAUAUGUAAGCUAUUUUUUAAACAUUCCAUACAAGAUUCUAGGAGGUAUCUGGCAUUUCUGGUAGUUUAGUCCAUGGUCCAUGAUGCUUUUUGGAAACCAUUCCACUAGAUGCCAAAUUCACAAUAUUUUCUAGAACUUUUAGUCUAUUAGACAAAAUAAAUAUGUUAAAUACAAAUAAUACAACAAUAAUUUUAAUAAGUGUAAGAAGGGUUCUGUUCACCAUUGGUGGAUUAAAUCGGGUUUUUAUUCUAGAGUUCACAAGGCUUUGAGAGAGAUAUGAGUGACGAAGGGGAGAUUUUUUUGAUCUGUAUUAACGAGAUUUUUAGCCUUAGGCUAGUUCAUUAUUGAAAAAAUCCCACGCGAAACAUUUUUGAUAAUAUAUUUCAAUCAAAAAUAGCUGAAGUAUUUAAGUGUCUGCUCCAAUUAGAAUACUUGGAAUACAGUUCAAUGGCAAGUUCAUACCCAAUUUUCAACCCUCUACUUCCCAUGGCUGUUCUGGAGCACCAUCGAUUUUCGACGAACUUGGGACAAAGGGAAAUAGAUGAAUAUGAAGCAAUUUUUUUUUAAAUAUCAGUGUAACCCCUUAGGGUCACUCAAAUAGUAACUAUUUGUUUCAAAAAUGGAACUAUUGAAAUACAAUAAAAACCUGUUGCUUUAAUUUUUUACAUUGAUUUGGAAAAAAAUAGCCAAUUCGCAAUAAUUUUUGUUCGAGCAAAUUUUUGGAAAAACAGCUUUUUUGGUAUAGAAAUAGUCGUUCAAAGUCGUGGGAAGGAAAGGGUUAAAGGAGAAAAGUGAACUCGACUAGUGAGUCGACUAGCUGAAAGAAUAUCCAUAUCAAUAGAAUCAUCACCAGGAGGGUGCAUCAGACUUUCCACUGUAUAACAAAUUAAGCAAUGCCCAAUUAGAAUGCAUGCACCUUGUAGGAAAACAAUUUAGAGCCGCCGAGGUAGAUAAUCAUGGUUUAUGUGCAAUUUUCCACAUUACGCAAAGCAGCUUAGCUUAGGGCGCUGGAGACAGACACGAAUGGCACUGUACUCCCGUGCCUAGUAGAUCCGAUUUUGAUAAUCUCUGCUCCGCGGAAAUGCGCCAGUGUCGUCAAAUAUGAAUGCGUUGCUUGGUGAAACGACUAGUAACAGUUGUGCUUUCUCGGAGAGUGAAUCUACCUAGAUCAUGACGACGGACAGAACUCAAUAUUUCGAAAUCAACAUUCCCGUGCCGUUUGGAAUCAUCGCUGGAAAAUGGUACGGUCCGAAAGAUGUUCGGCCGAUUUUGUUCAUUCACGGAUUCAACGACAAUUGCGGCACUUUCGACCGUUUAAUUCCAUUACUGCCAUCGCGAGGUAGUUACCUAGCUAUUGAUCUGCCAGGGUGUGGCCUAUCAUCGAGAUCACCCAACGGAAUGAUGUACCAUGUGACUGACUUAGCUCUGAUCAUACUCCGGAUUAUGAAAACUUACCAGUGGCCAAAAGUAUCAUUGGUUGGCCAUUCUAUGGGAGCUAUGGCUUGCUAUUGUUUCUUAGGAUUCUUCCCAGCCAAAGUGGAUUUAUUCAUUGCUUUGGAUUCACUGCAACUUUUCCAUUUCGAGCAGAUUCUGGACCAGCAAGCCUAUUUUUUCACUCGAUCAAUGCAAGCGGAUGAGGACAAUGUGAACAACGUUUCGGCAAGUGAAUACAGCUACGAACAGUUGGUCGAAAAAGUGCAUAACCUGCCGUCCUGUACCAUUCCGAAAGAACUUUGUCACUGCAUCCUUCGGAGGAAUAUCAGCAAAUCGAAGACGUUACCCGAGAGUUACCGCUUCCACUAUGAUAGCAGAACGAAAUAUCCAUACAUUAUGGGUUGGUCGAGGGAAGCAAGCGCAAUGACUGCAAAGCGAAUUAAGUGUCCUGUGUUAAUAAUUAGAGCCAACGAUUCGCUGUUCUAUGGCGACGAAGAAGAGUUUCUGAGUUUGGUGGAAACAUUGAAGCAGAACAAUACGCAUACGAAGCUGGUACAUACGCCGGGACGGCAUUACCUGCAUUUAAUAGAGGCCGAGCGGAUUGCAGCUGAAAUUGAAGUGUUUCUAGAUGAAAUUGAUUAUUGCAAAAACGUAGUUCAGAGUAAAAUAUGAUACUAGAAUAAGGCUAGUGUGAAAAAAUCAAUAGUUCCGUGCAGUGUUCUCUCAUGAUUUCAUCGCGAGAAAAUGUCAAAAUACGAAGUUGAACAUCGUUGAAAUAGGGGACAAUGUGUAUUUUCGGCAGUUUUGUUCUCUUUAUCAUGGGGGUUUUUAUAAAACUUGUGAAACCCAGAGUUAAUCUCAAAUCCUUCCCAAUUUCAAUAAUACCCAAAGUCACUUUAUAAUCACAUUUUGGGUAGAAAAGUUUAAUAACUUAACCCUAGUGUAAAAAUGUAUAGAAGGUGAAAUUAUUCGUUUAAUUCAUGGCCUUCAUGAAUUAAACGAAUACAUCGAAUACGUGAAACAUUUGCCAAACGACCAGAAGUCAGUGUUGGGGAUACUCACUUGCAAAAAGUUAUACUCACUUGCUACUAUCUCAGUUCAAAAGCAUGCUAUCAAAACACGGCGUUUGAAGCACUUUCACAUUGUAGUUUUAUCUGAUAGUAUACCGAAUAAAGGAAAGGUCUCACACGCAUAUCAAAGUCGUAAAAGAGAUGUGAUGGCGACUCACAUUCAUCGCGUGCUCACAGCUCUCACGCGACUUCGGCAUGUCCUUAAUGUCUUUUUCCUUAAUACUUCGUGUUUUGAUAGCAUGCUUCUGAGAUAGUAGCAAGUGAGUUCACAACACUGCCUGAAGUUGAUCGGAUUAAUUGAUGAUUCACACCAACAUACCAUUUUCCUUUUUCCGAAUUUCCUCAUUAUUCUCUCAUUUUUCGAGUUCGGGAAAAUGUUCCAAAUAAGAAUACCGUACUUUAUCGUAUUAUACAAUUAAAGCACAAUUUCGUCUUAAAUUUUAGGACCCUUUUCGAUCUUAUUGGAUAGAAUACUAUUAAUUUUUAGCCAUUUUUUUUAUAUCAAGUAUUCUGGUUUACCAGAGGUUGUACAGACUGAAUAAGCCCUAACAUUAUACAGCGGACAACACACAUAACACCCAGUGGCCCAGUGCAGAAACUUUGCGUUUGACGAAAAGUUUUCCCAUACUAGAGCGGGAAUCGAACCCACACUCCAAGGCUUACGAAACGCCUAGAUGACUGACCAAGGAUGUUUUCGAUCACCUGGCAAUCAUUUGACUCAUUUGUCUAGAACUCAGUUCAGAAGCAUAAUAUCAAAAUGUGAUGUUCGGCAAACUUAUAGAUUAGUGUUUUUCCUACAAUUAUCAUCAAAGACGCCAUACUCUAACUCUCAUAUACGGCUUGAGAGCGCUAGUAUCACCUACUCAUACUAAACGAUCGAAAAAUCCGAUCGUUUGGUAACAGUAGGUUGUACUAACACUUUAACGCCGUAAAUAUUGGAGUUAGAAUAUAGCGUCCUUGGUGAUAAUUAUAGGAAAUACACUAACCUACAAGUUUGCCGAACACCACAUUUUAAUAUUAGACUUCUGAACUGGGCAAAUGAGUCAAUCGAUUGCCAGAUGAUCGAAAACAUCCGACGCCUCUAGCCGCACGGCCACGAAGCCCGCAUAAUGAACCCUAUCCAACUUAAAAGGUUUCAUCAUUUUCAUUUCUUUCACUUCUGUAACUGAAUAGAAAAAUGCAAAAUUAGCUUUUUUUUUCAGAUAUUACCUCAGAAAUAUUUGCUGGAAUUAUGUAUCGCUAAAAAUGAUGAUGUAGAUUUCCUACUGAGAUUGCUGCCGGGAAUCUCCCUGGGAUUUCUAUGAUCUCUUAGGGUUUCUCCAAGAAUUCUUCUUGAAAACCCUUUAGAAAAAUUUCUGCUUAUAUUCCUCGAAUUGCCCCGAGACUAUUUACAAGAAUCAUUCCAGGGAUUUCUAUAAAGAUUCCAUCGGGCAUUUUCCGAAAAAAAAAGAUUACAUCGGAAAUUUUCCUAAGAAUGUUUCUAGGUAUCCCUCUUGUGAUACCUUCAGAAUGUUUUCUUUGUAUUCCUUCAAGAGCUCUCCUGCUGGGAUUUCUCCAGUAAUUCUUGUUGCUAUUCCUGCAGGACUUUUUUCAGAAAUUUCUGCCGGAACUCCUCUACUGCCCUCACUUACAUAACAGUCCCAUAUGAAAAGGAAACCCAGCAAAGUUGAGACUGUUAUACGAGUGGAAGUAGUAUACUGCCGUGAAUCGCAUAUCAGUCCCAUCUUUGGUGGAUUUCCUAUGCAAAUGGGACAGAUAUGCGAUUCACGGCAGAAUAGGUAUGUAAUCCAGAAAUUCAUGUGAUGUCAGGAUUUGUCCAAUAAUUCCUCCUAGAAUUAAAAAAGACACUACACCGUCGUCAGCCUAUACAGAAUUACUCCGUGGGAACCACCAAAUAUACUACGAAGAAAUGUCCCUGUAGUGUCGCGCAUAAAAGAUAACUGUGCGAUAUUGCUUCUAAGUACCAUAUCUAGACUAGUCACCUCUAAUAACAUGUUAUUCAAGCUUCGCCAUCGAAAACACCGUUAAGAUAAUAUGUUUUUGUUUUGACGACGAUUUUGUUUAUGGUGAUACUUUGAAAAACAUGUUAGUUAUUUGGGUUUAUAGCUGCACAUGAAUAGUUACAUAUUUCACAGAUAAACAGAGAUCUUACUCUACUCGAGUACUCACUUCUUAUCGUUCAUCUCUUUGAAAUAAUUGGUUAAUUAAAAUUUUCUGUAAUUUGUCAAUAGCUCGCUCAAGGUGCUUCACUUCUUUUUGACAUUUGCACAAUACCGCCACAUAAUGAACGUUUGCCGAAACACAACAUGAUUAGUUUUAGACAAUCAUAUCACAGACAAACAGACGUAACACUUCGAACAUUUUCCGAAUCAAAUCAUAGUCACGGAAACAUGUUUGCCCAAUGCUAAAAGGACUGAGUAUGGCCGACCAUUAACUAGGUGGCGGUAGUGGGCAAACGUCAAACUCGAGUAAAAACGAUGCGAGCGCCACGGGUGGUCAGUUGACCAACUAUCAAAUUUUCAAAUAGACCGUUAAAUCGGUGUACGACGCAAAACAUCAGAGUGUUACGUCUGUUUGUCUGUGAUCAUAUUUUUGUGAUGAUGAUUUGAACCGCAAAUUGUUGUGAGUCAUUCGUCUGAUUGUCUGUGUUUUUUUUAACUUGCACCCUAGUUACUAUAUAUUUGUUGGAAGUUAAACAAGAAUAGGAACCAGCUGAUUAUAGGCAGCAGUGCUGAAAAUUUCAUUUCGUCACCUCUAAAUUCAACCUCCUACAGCUCAUUUUAGAAGCUGAACCUGAGAAUAUGAUAUAUGGAAAACUUAUGUGACUAGACCAGUUCUGCAAGAAAGUCACGGGAAAACUGCUAUUUUUUGAAUAUUUAAGGUAAAUGUCACGGACUACCUUU